AACGGACUUGUGACCAGGGGUAGGGUUUUACUUAUUUCGCAACGCUUGGUUACUGUAUGCUAUUUCGAAAUGUUUCGUUUUAUAUAUAGCUUAUAUAAUAUGUGUUAACGUUUUAUUUACAAGGGUUUUAGCUGGACCUUUAACAUCUAAUCCUGCAGAUCAAGUAAGUUUGUAUCGUCAAUUUUAUAACAUGAAUACCUAUAGUGGCAUUUAGUUACUAUUUAUAGUGUAAAACGCCUUUUAUCGGUUCCUUAAAAUGAGGGCUGCAAUACAUGAAUAAACACAAUAGGAAAGUAAAUAACAAAUUUUAUGAGAUUAUAAAAUUGGUACAACUAAGUCUCACGACUACGACAUAUACUGUGUUUUUCACACAGACUAUGUUAGUCACUAUCUCUAUGAUUUAAAUGUUUUUAAACAUGUCAUUCUGAUAAUAUAAACGUAUGUGUAUUGACAUUAUCGAUAGGAAAGAGGUUCCCAAUUACCGGUUUCACAAGAAGUAAGUUGGCUUUCAAAGAAUCCCCAAAAAGAGGAUGAUUUAUUGUUUUGUUCUACAGAUACAUCUAUUUUCAAAUAGCCAUUUAGUCAAGGGAUGUGUUAGCCUAAUUAAUUAUCGCAGGAAUGUACUAAAACGUCAGGUUGAAAUGAUUAAGAAUCACUUUCCUUUGGUACCGGUAUAAAAUGGUAUGAAUCAUCCUCAGGUGUAUGAUGUAGGCCAUAUAAUUCAAACUUUCUUAUUUGAAGUGCAUUGCUACUUGCCUAUCAUUCUAACCACUAUGUAUUGACAUAAAUGAAUACAUUUUUUGUUUAACUCUAGGUUCAAGCCUCAUAAUGGGGAAACUGAAUAUAUUUGAGAUUUCAUUUAACAAUGGAAGUGGUGUUUUUUAUAGUGGUAACAUUGUUCAAGGAUACGUCACAGUGGAAUUGACAGAGCCAAUGAAAAUGAGAGGUUUGUGAUUUUCAAAAUAAACUUUUUAAACAGGAAAAACAACAAAAUACCUUGCAAGUCUAUUAGUAAUUGUAUUACUAUUAGAUUAGUGAAUAUAUAUUACAUUUACACAAAAAAAUACAUUUACAAUAUAUUGCAUUUACUAACUUAAAUCUCUGUUUUAAAAGAAUGUAUUCUGCUCUGUUUUAGAUUUUACAGAUUCUGAACAGAUGCCAAGUUAUUUAUUAGUUUUCUCUUAAAUUGAAGGUUCUUUAUAAAUUUUUAUUUUGAAGGAAUAAGGCUGAAAUUUGAAGGUAAAGCCUACGUCCAUUGGACUGAGAGUCAUUCUACAGGCUCUGGUAAAAAUCGCCACACAACAACUAGGCAUUACUCGGCCACUGAAAAAUACUUUGACCAAGAUGUCCUUUUAUUUGGAAUAUGUAAGCUACUUAAGAGAGAAUUGUAUAUAUAUAUGUAUAUAAUAUUUGCAGACUAUUACUUCUAACAGUUAUUUUUUUCAAUUUUGUACGUACACUUACACAGCUGUCUCAGGACUGUAGAUAUCACUUGGUUUUUUUAUCAGCUCAAAUUGUCAAAUAUAUUUUCCCUUAAUUCAUUGAUACAUUUAAAUUAUUUUAAUUUGAUGAAUCAUUUGUUUUUUUUUUCCUUUUUCCAUGGAAAACGUCCAGGGUCCGGACAAGGCAGUGACACCAAAGAGCUGCCCGCUGGAAGGCAUACAUAUCCUUUUCAGUUUCAGUUGCCACAAAGUCUCCCUUCUUCGUUUGAGGCAGUUAUAGGCCAUGUCAGAUAUACUGUUAGUAGCACAAUUGACAAGCCAUGGAAAUUCGAUCACAAGACCAAGCGGGUCUUCACGAUCAUCAGUAUCUUAGAUCUAAACCAGCAACCAAAUACUAUGGUAAAACACUUUUUAAAAAUGUAGACGCUAUUUCUUAUAGUACAGAUGUAAAUAAUUAAUACUGAGAUAAGUUUUACAAUUUUUUUUUGUUUAGGUUGUUUUCAGGUCUCUCUUUGUUUGUCCAAGUCAAAUCUUUUAACCAACUUUUAGAUUAGACUUUUACCAAACCAAUUUAUGGUAAACGUAUUAUAUUGUAUUUGAUUGAAAAGGAAAUCAUGGGAUGAAAAUAAAGGAAAUGCUUCUAUUGGGUGGUAGUUAGUUGAACAUAACAAUAAAAAAAGCUGGGGUGGGGGGGUUAUAAUAAAGGAAGUACACAACACAAGAUACGCAUCUUCCACUCUUUGUCAACAUUUGUCCACAUGUGGCUAAACCCCCACCUUUCCUCCUUCCGGAUGUCCGUAUACUGGAUUAUGCAGCGCGAAAAGCCAGGAAUUAUAACAAUGAUAAUAAAGAGCAAAGUCAGUAGGUUUAAACCUACUAGUGCUCUUUAUGCCCUCCCCAAAGCACGCCCCUAAACUGGUAUCGAAUUUGAUCGAAAAAAUUUCGUCGACGGUAAAUUGAUCGACGGAUUUGAAAUUUUGCCUCAAAUUUCUUUUUGAACGCAUCAUUUGUUUUACUAUAUAGUAAAGAGCGUUAAAAAAGAAAUUUGACGAAAAAUUUAACUUGUGAACUGAAAAAAAAGAUUCGACCGAAUUUCAGCUCGAUCAAAUUUCUGUCGAUCAAUUUACCGUCAACGAAAAUUUUUUCGAUCAAAUUUCCGGUAACCAAAAAGCUUCGGUGUGACCUUCCAUUUCGAUAACUUAUAUAAGCAAUUUGCGUUAUGGCUUUUUUUAAAAAAAUGCUUUUAAAUGUGUAGUUGAAAUCCAGAUCAACUUAAAAAGUUACAUGAUCAGUUCAAAUGAGUCAAUAAGACAUGUUCAUUUAAUAUGAUUUUAAAAAAAAUUCCCAUUCCUCUAUAUUAGUGUCACGUCUAUAAUCACUCACAGUCUACCACAAUCUAGUUAUGAUCCAUGAUUCUUCUUAUCUUCUAUAAGUCUAUAACUGACUAUAACAACAGAGGCGUAGUGGAUUCAAGUGAAAUUGUGACUAUACUUUAUUAAUACACAUGAUGACUAUAAUAAUCAUAAAUAGAUAAUACGUGUACUGAUCUUAAAGAACACUUAGCAUAAAGCUUCUCUACUUGAUUACGUCACAAUCACAAUCUAUUCAUUACCUUAUAACAUAAUAUUAUUAAUAUUAAUAACAUGGACUUCCAAUAACGGUCAUGACUCCAUCUUCUUUAUGCCCCUCCUCUGAUUGGUUCCUAUUCCCAAGUGCUCAUCAUAUAAUAUAUAUAUAUAUAUAUACAUAAAAGUGAAAUUUUGUUUGUGGCUUUGUGGGUUUGUUCCACAAAGACUUUUACAUGGAUUGAUGGAUCUUGACCAAACUUGACAUAUAUAUCCAUCAUUAUCUAGAAAGAAAUCUGAAGGGGUUAUGAACUUUUUAUAACAUUCCGUUUGGGCCGUGGGCCCCGAAUUCGUUUUUUUUUUCCCCUUAUAUGAGCUAUAUAAAAAUAAUUAGAAACAAAUACUCCUACAUGAGUAGAUGGAUCUUGACCAAACUUAGUACACAUAUACUUUAUUAUCCAUAUUCAAAUACCGAAGGGUACUGAACUCAUAAUAUCCAUUUCUCUGAGGCCGGGGGGGGGCAAUUAAUUUUCCUAAUAUAAGCUAUAUAAAUAUCAAUAGGCUUAGACAACACUAUAGGUUCUAUGUGAAUUGCUGGAUAUAAGCCUAGGGUUGUAGCAAUACACUUCAUUGGCUGUAUUGAUAUAUUGGUGGAUUGAAAACUAAUAAUAUCCAAUCUAGAAUUUUCCAGAAAGUUCCAUAAUUUUAAAGUAGAUUUUUAUGGGACAAAUUUUAAAUGUUAACUCUAUUAUUUAUCUGUCUGAUUUUAUAGGGCCCCCUAUCUCAGGUAUAACUAUAUCGGUACAGUUAUGGAAUGGGUCCCCCCGGCCCCUCGAUUAACUUAAAAGAAAAAGGAUUAUAAUUAUGGCAUUUGUUGAAGAUUUUUUAUCGUAUUUGAACAAUAAUUAGAUAAGUAGUUUUUAAAUAUGUUUCGCGCAGCUUAUUAAAUUUAAUCUAGAAUAUUCCAGAAAGUUCUAAAUUGUUCCAAAGGGAUAUGUAGUGGGAUCUAAGGGAAUAUUGAAUAUUUCGGAAUAGAAACAAAGGGGUCGGGAUCCCAGCAUAAUCAUUAUCCCAAUGAGAUCAGGAUCCCAGCAAAAACGGGAUCCCACCGGGAUCGGGAUCCUAACCUUGAAUGGAUCCACAGGGAUCGGGAUCACACCGGCAAAUGGGACUGAGCCGAGAUCGGAGUCAGAAACGGGAUCGGGGAUCCAACCAGGAUGGGGUCCUAUGCAAUCCCGGGCCACGCCGGAUAUAUCGGCUAGUACACUAUAAAUUACACGUGAUAAUUCUCACAUCAAUUAACUCCCUUGUAAAUCAUUAUUAUCUGUGACAAUUAGUAUAAUUCCUUUUUGUGAAUUCAUUGUCACCAAUUCAAUUAAAAAUGACAUAAAAUAAAGUCUUUUACUUCAUUCCAUACUUUUAUAGUCUCGACUCCAAGGAUCAAGACAGAAACAUUUGUGCUGCCUCUGUUGUAAAUCAGGGCCUAUCGAGGCGUCAUUUCACAUUGACAGAAGUGGCUAUGUCCCAGGAGAAGCUGUGAAGUUGUACGCUGAAAUAAGUAACGGAGCAAGCCGGCGAAUGGACAAAUCAUAUGUUGACCUAAAAAUGGUAAUUGUUUGCUUUUGAACACUUCGCCGUAUUUAAAAACAUUAAUAAAUACCGGUACCCGGUACAACCAUAAUAUUUCGAGAUUUUAUCUUUGAUCAUUUUAGCGCAAAUGGUACAGGAAUUGAUAAUAAUAUGAAGAAUAUUAAUAUAUAUUUUUUUUUUAAAAUCAUGCAUAACUAAGACUACGAACAGUUUGUCCACACCAACUACUGUGCACAAAUUAUGGUGAUGUUAAAGACAGCUGCGUUUUUUAAAUUGAAAAUUGUUCAGAGUGUUUUACUGUUGUUGUUUUUUUUCUUGAAUAAUAUAUAAAUGGAUUAUUUAAAAUAACUCGAUUAAAUAGCUUUUUUUUAAAAAUAGCAAAUUUGCGCCUGCAGAUAGUACCGUCGUAUUGAAAAGGGCAGUGAUGCAUGUUGGCAUAAUUUAAAGAAUAACACUGGAAUUAGUUUAGUAUAGGGAGAUCCCACGAGCCUGCUGCCAGAUUGGUGAACGUGUUUUACUAAAAUAAAUCUCAUCCCAUUCAUAAUAAUUUUGUUUAAUGAUUUCUAUUCCAAUUUGGAUGCAAUUUUAAUGUCCGAGGUACUUCAUUAAGGUGACAACAUUUCGCGCCACAACCAAGUGUAGAACUACAGUGUCUGAAGUGGCUCGGGUUACCCGUCCAGGGAUUGCCGGUCAUGGCGAAGACAGCUGGACAGGAGAAGAAUUAAUAAUUCCACCAUUGCCGCCAUCGUUCCUUGUGGGUUGCAAAAUAAUUGACAUACAUUAUAUUUUACAGGUAAGAAAAACUGAGUAGGGAUUAUUAGCUUUGUUCAAGACAGAAGUUGGCAGCCUUAUCGUAUCAGAUGUGCUCAAUGUCUUGCACGUCAUUCUACGUAAUUUGUAUGACAUAUAAACCGUUUCUAUUAUUAAUAAACAAAUAAAUUUAAACAAAUAUGAAGUGUUCAAGGGAAAAACCAGUGAUGUCAGUUUUUCAAAAUGUAUAUGUUAUCUCCCUUGUUGCUACAUUCCAUUUAAUAGAAUAAAAUGAUACAUAGGUCGAACUGAAAAAGCAGCGUAGUCAAUAAAUAAAUACGUAGACAUCUUGAUAUUUUCCUACUUUUAUGAGGAAUUUUACAACUUUAAAUUAAAUUUUCUCAAAACUCUCAAAACCUGACAUCACUGGUUUUUCCCUUGAGCCCUUCAUAUAGAAUUAUUAUUUUUUUUUACUUUGAAGACAGAAAAUAUGUGUACCGUGCCGGGUAGUUUAAUCUUUAGGGUCCGAAAUGCAAGUAUUUGAUAACAAUUUGAUUAUUUUUUAGUACUAUACUAUUCACAAUCCUAUGAAGCAAUAGGAUCCGCAGAAGAGGAAAAUAUCUAUGGAAAGAUACAAAUAACACAGGCUAACAAUAUCCCAAAAUAACAAUUGAAUUACACAGCUAACAAGUAAACAUGUUUAAUAACCCUGCACUUGCAGGCUAUGGCAAAAUAUACUUAACUAAAAAUAGAGAUGCAUGAUGAUGCCGUAUGGUACCUCUUCCGUCUUACCUAUAAUGGAAAUUAAAAUUAUAUUCUUGUAAUAAUGUUUAAUUAUAAAAGAAAUCACGUGGCAGGAGUUAGCUUUUGUUCACUUUGUUUUUGGAAACAAUCUUAUCAUCACCUAGGGAACCUUGAUACCACAUGGCAAGAACGUCAUGUCUUUAUUCACAGCUUGAGCCUUUGCCCCACUCCUCUACAUCACGACCAAUCAUUGUGGACCAACGUGCCCUAUUUUCUUUCACUCUUUGCCUGUUUUUAAUCACUCCCCUACUUAUUUUCUGUCACAGUUCUUUUGCUGCCCUCUCUGAUACUACUUCACAGCUAAGUGCUAUUUUAAAAUUUUAUUCUGGUUUUGUUCCUGUUUUUUUUUUGUGAAGGCUCCUGUCGACACAUUCGUUGAUGUGCCGCGUUCCUUUUUAUAGCUUUGACCAUACUUUGUUAAACUCAUUUUCUUUUUUGCUAACCUGAUUGCGGUCUCUCCCCUUAUUAACUUGUAGCACGCAGAUCGUCUUACAUUCAGAAUCAGUGUGGGAUGUGAGGGUUAACAUACAGGUCUAGAAAUUACUAUUCUGUACUGCCGACCAUGUAUGGUGUCUAUAUAAGAUGCACCCAUAGGAGAACAGCUACAUCUAAAAUGUCAUAAAGUAUACCCACUGUUAGUAUGAUACUCAUUGUACUGGUAUCAAUCAAUAGCUGUGUCUUUUAAAGGUAAAAAAAAAAAAGCAAUUGCAGGAUGUCUAAUUAUUUGAUACAACAGUUAACAUCAUUUUCCAUAUGAGAAUUUAGCACAUGGCAGGAUAGUUACUACACAUAUUUUACGUAUAGUUGCUGGUUGGAUACUGUAGUGUCAAUCGCUUAUAAGCACAUUGCAGUAUGUGUAACCAGAACGAUACAACGGUUAGUAUUAUGCUCACGUACACACGCAUCUAAUUCCGUGUUAGAAUUCAGUGGACUGCUGUCUCUUCAAACAUUACAAUAUUUUUAGUUUUUAACCUUGAUAUUCCUUUAACGAUGUUUUGUUAGUCUUAAAAACUAUGUACCUUUAUUUUAUAUCCUUAGUUGAAUGUUGACCCAUCCGGACCUGCCUUGGAUCUUGAGGUACCCUUAGAGAUUAUUAUUGGUACCAUACCUCUUAGAUCUGUUGUAGACCAGCAUCCUCCAAUGCCACCACCCAAUUACAAUAGUGCCAACAUGUACGCAUGGGAGACAACUCCUACAGCUCCUCCUGCUGAGAUGUUAUAUCCCCUUCCACCACCAAGUGGCCUGGCUAAUUUGCGUGAGUAGUAAUAGUAGGAUUUUUUUUUCUAAUGUAAUACUCCCCUCAAAAUAUCAACAUUUGUAUAGUUGUAAGUAGAUGCUGAUUUGAGUUUCUUUUCUACUGUAUAUUCUAAAUGUAAGGGGAAAAAACAGUUUUUAAACAUAUUAACUAUUUGGCCAUCAAAUAUUUAGCUAUUUCUGCUAAUGAAAUCAGAAUAGCGAUAGAUAUUUUGCCAAAAGUAUGAUGUGCAAAGUAUGGUAUAUUGGAACCGAAAUGUGAAAUGUUUUUUUUUGUUUUUUUAGUUAUAAACAAGUGAAAUUUCUUGACAGUCAAUGCACAUUGAAAUUAAACGAUUAAUUAAAUUUAUUGAAAUCUAAAUAGUUAAUUUUUAAUGACUAAAAUUACCCCUAUAAAAUAUUGUUAUCUUUUUUAGCAUUAUAUUUAGAUAUUUUAAUUGUUUCUCAAACAUGCAAUUUUUUUUUUACCAUAAAAAAAAUAAUAAUAUUUCUCAUCACACAUAGUUAUAAAAAGAAACCUUAUGUAACUCAAACUUCUCUGUUUCAGCUCCACCCUCUUACAGUGAGUGCAUUACUGGUCGUUAUAAGACACACGAAGAAGGUGACAAUGAGCAUACCAGAGGUAACACAGAAUAUGCACCUGUUUACACUUACUAUAACUGGGGUCAUACCCCUGGGGCCAUGCCAGCGCAAACCAAGACUGCUAGUUAAUGAAAAUAAACAAAAUGAAUAAGCAGACAAAAAUUUAAAAAAUAUGCAUUAGUCCUACAGAUAAUUCGUAUCAUGUAAUAUCUGUGAUGAGCUAGAUUAUGUUUCAAUCUCUACACAGCUAUAUACGUUUCAUUUUAUCUAACAUAAUUGUUUUUAUUUUAUUUAUGCUAAUUUUGUUAUUAUGUCUUGAUUGUGUUUACCCAUAGUGUAAAUUACGCAUAUUUUCAAUAUACUUAAUAUUCUUUUGUACAAUUUUUUUUUUAAAGUAAUGGUAAAAUAUAAAAUAUUCUACACAAAUCAUUGUUAAACUGAUAGGGCCUCCAAUCCAACUUGUUUACAUUUCUUGAACCAAUAAAGUUACUGCUUGGCGCCUUCCAAUCAGUUUUCCAUUGUUCAUAGCAAAAAGUUAACUCAAUAAAAUUUACUUGAUUUUGUUACUUUUAGCUUUUUUACUUCUCAAACAUUGUGUUCCCCUUAUUAUCUACAUUGCAAAGAGCAUUUUCUAUCAAUUAAAGUUAUGUGAUGUAAAUAUUCGGUGUGUUUAAAUGUUUAAGUUUAUGAUUCUUUUUUUACUGGUACACAGUGUGAAAGUAAAUAAAUAUUUUCUACAGCUUUAUUGAAGCACUUUGCUAUGUAUACCACCUCGCAGCUGUGCACCUGUCCUAUCUAAUCCAUAUGGGGUUUUAAAUGUUUAGUCACAUGAACAAUACAAACGUAAAAUUGCAAAUUAAAAAUAUGCUUUACACGUUGUGUACCGAUAUAUAUAUAUAAUGUAUAUAAUAUAGACUAAUAUAAUAUAUUAUAAUAAUAUACUUAUAUGGUAUAUGCAUUUUUACCUUGAUAUUUUGAUAAGAGGGCAGAAAGAGCUUGAAGACAAAACAAUAAUAUGUACUAUUUGUACAUUAGUAUCACUUAUUUAAAAAUAUUUUUAAGUAAGUUUGUUUAACUAAUAAUUAAAAUGUUCAUGGCAUGAUGUUUAUUAUCAUGGUCAAACAUUUAUCAAAUUGUAUUUUGCUCACAAAUCACUCUAAUGACUUACCGAGUACUUAAUUUAUUAAAUUUCUUAACUAGAAUAUGCUUAAUUAAUGGAUGUUUUUCUGUAUUUUUUCACAUUUACACAGUUAUCUUAGAAUGUACAGAGUUUAAAGUAGUUUUUUUUUUUUUUUAAAUAAAAUUAAAGCACAAACCAUUUUCUCUGGCAACUGAAUAAAAAAUUUAAAAAAUAAAAAGAAGAAAUUAAAACCACGCUUACUUUGUUUUCCUUUUAUGUAACUUUAGAAAAUACUCACCCAAUGGGAUAGUUAUCAUAAAUUAUGUCUGAAACAGCGAACAACAUUUUUGUGAUGAUGACAAUAAUAGUUAUUUAUUUUUUUACAAUAAGUCAUGUGAUUCAUUUUAAUGAUUGUUCAGUUAAUACCAAAAGAAGAUCAAUGAAUUGCUAGUUUAUUUGAAAUUUCAGGGUAAAUUGUUAUAUGAUAUUAACAAACAUUUUAUAUUCAUUUAUAUAACGUACAUGUUUCAGUCAUUUAUUUUAAAUGUUUUUGAUUGACAAAUUUACUAUUGACAUUUACACGACAUUUUCUCUUCCCCUCCUCUCAUUUCUUACAGACUCGAUAAAAAUCUGCGAGGCCUACUUGUGCGUAGUCAAAUCAACGCUGCCCCCUCCUACUUUGCGACCAAGCAAUGCUGACGUAGUAGUUGCAACUCUUGCCUUUUCGUCGUCCAUACUCAACACAUUCCCUUCUCGAAGGGCAGUCUUCAGAUAAGGGACGGUUUCCUUAGUACUAGCCGCAAUGUUGUCUACGUCAUUGUUUGCACCCGCUGCAAGAUGUCGUACAUAGAUGAGACAGGACGCCGACAGAUGUACUGAACACCACCACAGUAUUACGCAAGCUAAGCAGUGUCCUCUACAUACUACAAAAGAAACGACCACAAAUGAGCUGCGGAUGUUACUAUAAGUGCGAUCGUGUCUUGCACUAACACACUGUUAUAGGCGUCUUGUUUCCUUUCAUUUAUCUUUUGUCGUGAAAGAACUUUAGCGGACCUCAAGUUAGGCACCGCGUUUAGGUGUGGCUAAUUAAAAGUAGUCUCACUUGAUUUUGUUUACAAAUAAAUAAAGUCUAUGCUCUGUAUAAUUAAAAUUAUGUAGAAUUAUCGAGACUAAUCGAAAAAGAAAUUCAAUGUGUAAAUCCGUUUUAGAAAUGUCUCUGAAACAGCCUAUAUAUACACCUCUAUAGAUUAAUAAUGAGGGUGAUUUGUUACACGAGAUUUAGCUUCUUUUUUUUUUUACUAAUAUUUGCCUUGUGUGGUGCUGUGAUGCAUGUUUUUCCUUUCCCAGUACCAGGGCUGGUGCAGUGAUGCAUGACCUCCGUCACUAAAUGCCUCGUGUAGUGAUCUAACCCUCAACCCAAGGCAGUGAGUGGAGAACUGAUACAUGAUUUCCUUACCCCAUCCCUUGAUUGGUGCAGUGAUACGUGGUCCUACCCCCCAUCUCAAACUGUUGUGGUGGAUUGAUACAUGAUCUCCCGUGCCCAAUGAAUGUUGUGGCUCAUUGUUACAUUAUUUUUUUCUCCAAAUGUCUGAAUGGGUGAAGUGAUAUAUGAUCUCCCUCGUCGCAAGGCAUGGUGUGGUGCAGAAAUACAUGAUCAUUCUCCACCAAUUGCUUAACAUCAGGAGUGAUGCUAGAUGAAAGGGACAUGCUCGUCUUAGACGUUAGAAUAAAAUUUUCAAUGGAUAUAGCUAUAUAAGAUUGCAAAGAAAAUGCCACUCAUGGAUCCCUUAGACCCCAAGGGAUCCACUGAUCACAAGUUAAAAGUUCCUGGGAGAGAACAAUUCCCACUUUGAAUAAAAAUUUUAAAAAAUAUAUAUAUAUUUGAAUAUAAAUUUUACACAUGCCGAUAUCACACCAUUAACUCUUUGAUUCCGAGCAUUGCCCACUGCCAAGCAUUGGAUUCGCUUCACGGCCUCAGCUCGAGUGUUCGAUUUUUUAAAAAAAUACAAUAAAUGAUUGGCUUUUCAGUCCUAUUCAAAAUCGAUUCUAUUUGAACUAGACCUACAUAGCUUGGUGCAUGCAGGAUAAUUCAUGUACACAUUUGCUCCACUUCGUCCUACCUUCUUUUAGACAUGUGCAAGUUAAUGCCAACGGACCUGUGACGAGGGGUAGGGUUUGACUUAUUUCGCAACGCUUAGUUACUGUAUGCUGUUUCGAAAUAUUUCCUCUUAGAUAUGGCCUAGCCUUUUUAAUAUGUGUUAACGUUUUAUUUACAAUGGUUUUAGCAGGACUUUAAGCAUCUAAUCCUGCAGAUCAAGUAAGUUUGUAUAGAGUUAUAUUUUAUAACAUGAACACCUAUAGAGGCAUUUAAUUUCUAUUUACGGUAUAAAAGACCUAUUCGUGUACCUUAAAAUGAAGGCUGCAAUACUUGAAUAAACACAGUAGGAUGGUAAAAAACAAACUUAAUGAAAUUAUAAAAUUGGUACAACUAAGUCUCCCGUCUUAUGCUGAGUUUUUCGCACAGACUAAUUGACUAUGUUAGUCACUAUCUCUAUGAUUUAAAUGUUUUUAAACAUGUCUUUCUGAUAAUAUAAACGUAUGCGUAUUGACAUUAUCGAUAGGAAAGAGGUCCCAAUUACCGAUUUCACGAGAAGUAAGUUGGCCUACAAACAUGGGCACCCGCAGGGGGGGGGGUCAAGGGGGCACUGCCCCUCCUCCCCUGGAUUGAUUGGAUAAAAAAAUUUAGACAGUUAUAGACAAAAAAUGUAUUAAAGUAAAGAGAAAAUAAAGAGAAAGUAACUAAGCUGAUGUCCUGUCCGUUCGUUCACCAUACAAAUACGCUACAGUAAAUUAAAACUACAUUAAACAUUACUAAAAAAAAUGUGCCCCCACCCCUAGAAAGUUAAUCGAUUUAAAAAAAAUAAUUAAAAAAAAUAAGAACAUGAUUUAUUGUUUUGUUCUAGAGAUACAUCUGUUUUCAAAUAACAAUUUAUUCAGCUGUAUUGUCCUACUUACUUAUAACAGGAAUGUACUAAAGUGUCAGGUAGAAAUUAUUAAGAAUCACCUUUUUUUUAGUACCGGUGUAAAAUGGUAAAAAUCAUCCUCAGGUGUAUGAUGUGGGCAAUACAACUCAAAAUUUCUUAUUUGAACUUGAAGUAAAGGCACUCUCCCCUCAUGUAUUGCUACUUGGCUAUCCUUUUUUACCACUGUGUAUUGAAAUAAAUGAAUAUAUAUUCUUUUUUUUUUUUUUUAAACUCUAGGUUCAAGCCUCAUAAUGGGGAAACUGAAUAUAUUUGAGAUUUCAUUUAACAAUGGAAGUGGUGUUUUUUAUAGUGGUAACAUUAUUCAAGGAAACGUCACAGUGGAAUUGACAGAGCCCAUGAAAAUGAGAGGUUUGUGAUUGUCAAAAUAAACUUUUUAAACAGGAAAAAGACAAAAAAAUACCUUGCAAUAGUUAUUGUAUAAUUAUUAGAUAUAGUGAAUAUAUAUUAUAUUUGUAAAGAAAAUUAUAUUUACUCGCUUUGGUCUCACCUUAUAAUCUGUUUUAAACGGUGUAAUCUGCUCCGUUUUAGAUUUUACAGAUUCUAAACAGAUGCCAAGUUAUUUAUUAGUUUUCUCUUCAAUUGAAGGUUCUUUAUAAAUUUUUAUUUUGAAGGAAUAAGGCUGAAAUUUGAAGGUAAAGCCUACGUCCAUUGGACUGAGAGUCAUUCCUCAGGCUCUGGUAAAAAUCGCCACACAACAACUAAGCAUUACUCCGCCACUGAAAAAUACUUUUACAAUAUAUUGCAUUUACUAACUUUAAUCUCUGUUUUAAAAGAAUGUAUUCUGCUCUCUUUUAGAUUUUACAGAUUCUGAACAGAUGUCAAGUUAUUUAUUAGUUUUCUCUUAAAUUGAAGGUUCUUUCUAAAUUUUUAUUUUGAAGGAAUAAGGCUGAAAUUUGAAGGUAAAGCCUACGUCCAUUGGACUGAGAGUCAUACCACAGGCUCUGGUAAAAGUAGCCACACAACAAUUAGGCAUUACUCCGCCACUGAAAAAUACUUUGACCAAGAUGUCCUUUUAUUUGGAAUAUGUAAGCUACUUAAGAGAGAAUUGUAUAUAUAGAAUAUUUGCCGACUAUUACUUCUUACAGUUAUUUUUUCCAAACAUACUUUUUUUUCUCGAGUUUAUACGUAGUCUACAUUUACACAGCUCUCAGGACUAUAGAUAUCACUUGGUUAUUUGAUCAGCUCAAAUUAUUUAAUAUAUUUUCCUUAAAUUCAUUGAUACAUUUAAAUCAUUUUAAUUUGAUGAAUUAUUUUUUCUUUUCUUUUUUCCAUUGAAAACGUCCAGGGUCCGGACAAGGCAGUGACACCAAAGAGCUGCCCGCUGGAAGGCAUACAUAUCCUUUUCAGUUUCAGUUGCCACAAAGUCUCCCUUCUUCGUUUGAGGCAGUUAUAGGCCAUGUCAGAUAUACUGUUAGUAGCACAAUUGACAAGCCAUGGAAAUUCGAUCACAAGACCAAGCGGGUCUUCACUAUCAUCAGUAUUUUUGAUCUAAAUCAGCAACCAAAUACUAUGGUAAAACAUUUUUAAAUUAAAGUCGACGCUAUUUCUUACAGUAUAGGUGUAAAUAAUUAACACUGAGAUAAGUUUUACAUUCUUUUUUAUUUAGGUUCUUUCAGGUCUCUCUUUGUUUGUCCAAGUCAAAUCUUUUAAUCAAUUUUUGGUCUAGGCUUUUAUCAAACCAAUUUAUGGUAAACGUAAUAUAUUGCAUUUGAUUCAGAAGGAAAUCCUGGGAUAAAAAUAACCUUUUUUAAAAGCUUAAAAUCGACGUUGCAUACAAUGUGGAUAAAUAUUAUUAACUUCUUAGUGGUUUAAGAUUAUAAUUAUUUUGCAAAUAUAUAAGCCAUAAGGACGUCCACAAUCAUUAAAUUUAAACAUACUAGAAUACCCGUGGUGGGCAUUAAGAAACAGAUUACAAAAAAGCUCGCUUGCAGACAACCGCAAGUUUCUUUACACCCCUUCCCUCACGCCCACAUUUCAAAGAUCCCCCCCUCCCCAUUUGUGUGGAUGUUAAGUUAAUUUAAUGUCAGUAAUAUUCAAUACUAAUCCCUCCUAUAAGAUACAUUCUCGUCUAACAAAUAUGCCUUUAUAGCAUGGGUGCCCGCAGGGGGGCAAGGGGGCACUUGCCCCCCCCCUGGAUUGAUUGGAUAAACAUUUUUUAGACAAAAAUAGACAAAAAAUGUAUUAAAGUAAAGAGAAAAUAAAGCGAAACUAACUAAGCUGAUAUCAUGUCCGUUCGUUCAACAUACAAAUACACAAUAAUAAAUUAAAACUACAUUAAAACAUUACUAACAAUUUUUUGCCCCCCCCCCUGGAAAGUUAAUCAAUUUUUUUGCCUCCCCCUAGAAAGUUUUCUGCGGGCGCCCAUGCUUUAUAGUAUUAUUGUAGGGGCUCCAUGUCAUGUAUUUCUGUAUGUUACCGUACUAAAAUGUUGAAGUGUGGAAAAAUAGUAUUUCAUUUCUAGGUCUAUAGUAUUAGCGCAUUUUAACAAAACAUGUACUGUAUGGGGUAACUCAAAAAGCUUAUAACAAUAGUUUUUACACAGUCACACUUCAGUGUGAGCUUCCAUUUCGAUAACUUAUAUAAGAAAUAGUCACGUUAUAGCUCUACAAAAAAUUAUUGAAAAUGCACAGUUGAACUACAGAUCAACUUAAAAACUUAAAGAUCAAGUCAAAUAAGUCAACAAGACAUGUUCAUUUAAUUUGAUUUCAAAAAAUUUCCUAACACUCUUUAUUAGUAUAGUUCCUUUUUGUGAAUUCAUUGUCAUCAGUUCAAUAUUUAAAAUGACAUUAAAUAAAGUCUUUUACUUCAUUCCAUACUUUUGUAGUCUCAACUCCAAGGAACAAGACAGAAACAUUUGUGCUGCCUCUGUUGUAAAUCAGGGCCCAUUGAGGCUAGUUUUCAUAUUGACAGAAGUGGUUAUGUCCCAGGAGAACCUGUGAACUUGUAUGCUGAAAUAAGUAACGGAGCAAGCAGGCGAAUGGAAAAAUCAUAUGUUGAUCUAAAAAUGGUACUUGUUUACUUUUAAAUACAUUGCCGUAUUUAAGAAAAUAAAUAAAUGCCGGUACCCGGUACAACAAUUUUGACUUUGAUGAAUAGCUUUAAUGCCUCAAGAUUUUACCAUUGAUGAUGAUGAUAAUAUGAAGAAUACUUUUUUUUCAUGCAUAACUAACACUGCUAACAGUUUGUCCACACCAAUUACCGUGCACAAUUUAUUGUUAUGUUAAAGACAGCUGCGCUGGUUUAUUUUAAAACUGUUACGAGUGUUCUACAUUUAAUUGUUUUUCUGCUCUUGAAUAAUAUUUAAAUGGAUGAAAGCCCUAUCCUGACAAUUACUUUUAAAAUAACUCGAUUAAAUAGUUUUGAAAACGGCAAAUGUGGGUCUUCAGAUAAUACCGUCGUAUUGAAAAGGGCAGUGAUGAACGUUGACAUGAGAAUAACACUGGAAUUAGUUUAGGGCAGGAAUACCUCCAAGAGCCUGCUUCCAGAUUCUGGAUGAGUUUUACUGAAACAAAUCUCACCCCACUUAAUUAUAAUUUUAGAUGAUUUCUAUUUCAAUGUUGGAUGCAAUCUUAAUAUCCGAGAUACUUAAUUACUUGGCUACUUUAUUCUUUUAUUAAGGUGACAACAUUUCACGCCACAACCAAGUCAAGAACAACAGUGUCUGAAGUGGCUCGGGUUACUCGUCCAGGGAUAGCAGGUCAUGGCGAAGACAGCUGGACAGGAGAAGAAUUAAUAAUUCCACCAUUGCCGCCAUCGUUCCUUGUGGGUUGCAAAAUAAUUGACAUACAUUAUAUUUUACAGGUAAGAAAACUAAAUAAGGAUUAUUAUCUUUGUUCAAGUUAGAGGUUGGCAGCCUUAUCAUAACAGAUAUCAUGUGCUCAAUGUAGGCUACACUAUAAACAAGGUCUCUCGAACAUACCAGAAAGCGACUACGUAACACAUUGACCAGGCCUGUCAAUUACUUGACCUCUAGCGCAGACUGACUUUGGUAAAUUGACAAUCUCAAGAGACUCCAACCCGAAUAAAAGUCAAAAGCCAGGACCAAAGCCUUGAAGACUUUGUGUUUAAUCACGAAACACUGUUAUAUUUAUAUAAGUAAAAUGGUAUUUGCGAAACUCCCUAAAUAUAUAUAUAAUAUAUAUAUAUAUAUAUAUAUAUAUAUAUAUAUAUAUAUAUAUAGAUAUAUAUAUAUAUAUAUAUAUAUAUAUAUAUAUAUACUGUGUUCCUAGAGUGGAUGAACACAGAAACAAGUCUUACGGAGUGCGCUCUUUUGAAGCGAUAGCGCCAAAAUUAUGGAACAGUUUUCCACAAUCUUUAAAGGAGAAUUAAAAAUCAUUUAAGAAACAAUUAAAAACGUUUUUGUUUCAUUAGAUUUCGGAGGACCAGAGCGCAGUUAACAAUGCUAAAGUGGCAUGGAUACCAGCGCGAUAUAAAUAUCAAAUCAAACAAUCCGGUAGAAGAUUUUUCUAAAUUUAUUUAAAUCUGGGUGGGGGAGGGGUUGGUUACUUUGCCCCAGGCAGCACAAGAUACGUCUCAAAAUAAAGGAAUAAAUUUAGUAAAUAAUUAACCUUCUUGGGAACAUACAUUUCGGAGGUAGGAAAUAGGAUGUGUACAUUUUCACGUGGACGACAUUAUAAUAUUUAAAUCCUAUGGUAUUACAUUUGGGAAAAAAGAGAUGUUACAUUCUCUUUUUACAAAUAUGUGUAUGUUCAUUUUGCUCAAGGCAGAACAAGUCUCAAAAUACAGGGGGUUUUGUGGUAGCCUAACCCCUAGGUCACAUUCUGUAGAUUCUGUAUGCGGUCCUGACCCUCUAGAGCCGUGCGGCUCGCAAAGGCCUGAACCGGCAGGCUGUAGUCCAGGGCACCUCUUACGCUCCCAAGGUAAAGAGUUCUCAGGUGUUUUGUGUCAGCUCCCCAGGUGGUGCUGGCAAGUUUUUUGAUCAGGCUGAGUUUUGACGUGGCUCGAGCGCCGAGUUCCCGUACAUGGUUAUGGAGUUGGAGUUUCUGGUCCAACUUUACUCCCAAGUACGUGGGUGAUUUGUCCCAUUUGAGCAAUUUCCCGCAGAUUUGGAGAUCGAUUUUCUCCUUCAGAGCUUUUAUUGCCGUUUGUAAAAAGCAAAUACACGGUCUUUUCCGCAUUCACCCCCAAUCUCCAUUUCCGAGCGUAAUCUUGUAUCUUGGUGAGAUCGCUCUGCAGCCGGUUCUGCAGCUGCUGGAUGGAUUUGCCAGAGCUCCAAAUCGCUAGAUCGUCCGCGAACAUUGUGUUCUUUGUUACCAACUGUGACUGCAGAUCAUACACGUACGCCAGGAACAGGGUGCAGCUCAAGGCUGAACCCUGUGGGAGUCCAUCCUCGAGUGCACACAUGUUUGAAACCUUGUCCCCUACACGGGUGGAUAUGGUACGAUUUGAUAGAAAAGAAUGAAUCCACCUGUGCAUGUUGGCUGUUACUCCGAGCAAUUGUAACUUGUACAGUAGACCUGCCCUCCAAACUUUAUCGUAAGCGUUCUGGAGGUCAAUGAACACCGCGACGGUAUGAUUUCUCAACUGAAGCUCAUUUGUUGUGCUUUGGAUAAAUUGGAUUACCAAAUCCAUAGGUUGCCUCCCCUUGCGGAGGCCGCCUUGGUUGGUAGGAAUGCUCUUGGUUCGUUCCAAGAACCAGUACAGUCUUGCGUUCACCAUUCGCUCCGCUACUUUCCCUACACAUAAUGUGAGGGAAAUCGGCCUGUAGACGGUUGGUCACUUGGUUUGCCCUCUUUGGGAAUUGGUACAAUCACUGCUCUUUGCCACGCCUUUGGAUGCCUGUUGUUCAGGUUUUAUUGAUAAAUUCUAGCAAUGCGCUUUUGCCGUCCUUGCCCAAAUGCUUGAGCAUUUCAUAGCAGACUUUAUCGGGUCCUGGAGCUUUACCUGCCUUGAAUUUCCCCAGUGCCGUUUGCAACUCAGUCAUUGUAAAAGGUGCCGUGAAAACCUCUUGGUGUGGUCCCAUUCGUUGGGCUCUGCUUCCAGCCUUCCGGAGUUUCUUGAUGGCCCGGCUUUCGUCAGUGUCUCUGGCACUUUUGCAAACCCGACCAAAAUGUAUGUUUAGCGCGUUGGCGCGCUUUACACAGCUCGCCUCUGUGCCGGCCGUUGUUUUUAGGGGGCGGAUAUUGUGAGAACUAAAACCGAUGAAUUUGAUUUUUUUUUAAAUAUUUUUUAAACUUGAUAUUCCUUUAAAUAUGUUUUGUUAGUCUUAAAAACUCUUUACGUCUAUUUUUAUUUCCAUAGUUGAAUGUUGACCCAUGUGGACCUGCCUUUGAUCUUGAGGUACCCUUAGAGAUUAUUAUUGGUACCAUACCUCUUAGAUCUGUUGUAGACCAGCAUCCUCCAAUGCCACCACCCAAUUACAAUAGUGCCAACAUGUACGCAUGGGAGACUACUCCUACAGCUCCUUCUGCUGAAAUGCUAUAUCCCCUUCCACCACCAAGUGGCCUGCCUAAUUUGCGUGAGUAGAAGUAAUAGUACCGGUUAGACUUUCUAAAUGCAAGAUUUCCCCCAGAUGUUUUUUUGUUUUUGGUUUUUUGUUGUUUUUUUUUUUGGGGGGGGGGGGGGUUAAAUUUUUUUCUACAGUCCCAAGCAUAAUUUAAUNUUUGAAACCCAAUAACUAUUAGGGGGCCGUCCAUAAAGUACGUCAAGCUCCAGAAGGGGGGGGGGAGGGGGUGUAAGAAAGCGUGACAGUUUGUGACAGGGGUGUCAGGCCAUGUGUGGCGUCACACAUUUAUUUUUUUUUAAUUUUAUUUCUAAUUCAUUUUUUAUUUUUUUAGUGGAAUUUAAUAGCAUUAAAAAUACAUUUUAAAAAAUGUGUGUAUCAUAUGAAUUAGUUUUAUAACAAAUAGCAUGAAAUGAGUAUCUCCUGAAUAUGUUGUUCACGAUUCCUGUCGCUAGGAGCGCUAUUAUGCUGUUGCGAAGCCUUGUUUUAUGCAUAGCCUUGCUUUCGUCUUUCGUGAAGUAUUAUUAUUUCUAUGUUGUCCCUGCAUAAUUAUGUCACUGUCCUUUUUAUUAUUUAAUCAUUUGGUGAGGUCAAGUUUCUCAAAUAUACUUCUUAACCUGUGUAAAAAGAUUGCAUAAUCGGAAGAUUAUCUAAAACUUGACCCUCACCUAUUGUAAAUAAAUGAAAAAGCAGCAGAUAAAUGAUGUAUAUUAUAUAAUUUUCUAAUCUAAGUGUGUUUUAGAUUAAAUUUUAAUUAGGUGUUAAUUUUUUUUUUUUAAUUUGUUCGAAAGUGUGACGUACUUUGGGGGGGGGAGGGGUCCCGAGAUUUGUGACACGGGGGAGGGGGUUAAAAAUGGUCAAAAAUAGCGUGACGUACUUUAUGGACGGCCCCUAGGCCAUUAUCCAAAGUUUUUAUAAAUCAAUUUAAUUAUAUUUAGCUAUUUCUGCUAAUGAAAUCAGAAUAGCGGUAGAUAUUUUGUCAAAAAUAUGAUGUGCAAAGUAACGGUGUAUUGGAACCCAAAUGACAAUGUGCACUGCUUUUGUAUAGUAAUCUAACAAGUGAAAUUUCUUGACAGUCAAAGCAUAAUGAAAUUUGGUGAUUUAAUGGUUAAGCAGCUGUAACUUAAAUGUAAAUAUUUACUUUUUAGGGCUAAAAUUACCCUUAUUAAAUAUUGUUAUCUGUUUUAGCAUUAUAUAUUUUAGUUGUUUCUCAAAUACGGUAUCCAUUUAAAAAAAAAAAAACUUGUUAAAAAAAAUAAUAUUUCUUAUCACACAUAGAUCUAGUUAUUAAAAAGAAACCUUAUAUUCCUCAAACCUCUCUGUUUCAGCUCCACCCUCUUACAGUGAGUGCAUUACUGGUCGCUAUAAGAUACAUGAAGAAGGUGACAAUGAGCAUACCAGAGGUAACACAGAAUAUGCACCUGUUUACACUUACUAUAACUGGGGUCAUACCCCUGGGGCCAUGCCAGCGCAGACCAAGAAUGCUAGUUAAUGAAAAUAAACAAAAUUCAUAAACAGACAAAAAUUAAAUAAAUAUGCAUUAGUCCUACAGAUACUUUGUAUCAUGUAAUAUAUGUGAUUAGUUAAAUUAUUUUAGGAUCUCUACACAGCUAUAUAUAAGUUUCAUUUUAUCUAACAUUAUGGUUUUUUAUUUAUUUAUGCUAAUUUUUUUUAUUAUGUCUUGAUUGUGUUUACCCAUAUUGUAAAUUAUACGUAUUUUUAAUAUAGCUAUAAUAUUAUUUUAUAAUGUAUAUUAUAUAAUAUAAUAUAAAAAAUAUACAUAGUCUAUAUAUAUUUAUAUAUGAUGCUGGGAUCAGUGUGUUCUCCAUUCUGUAUGUGGUUUUAAUUUCUUAUUUUGAUAAGAGGGCAGAAAGAGUUUCAAGAUAAAACAAUAUGUAAUAUUUGUAUAUUGGUAUCAGUUGUUUUAUAUUUUUAUGUAAGUUUGUUUAACUAAUUUAGUUUUCAUAGUAUGAUGCCGAUUUAUCAUGGUCAUACAUUUAACGAACUGUUUUUUGCUCACAAAUCACUUGCAUGAUUUACCGAGUACUUAAUUUAUUGAAUUUCUUAACUAGAUCAUGCUUGAUAAAUGGAUGAGUUUCUGUAUUUUUCUACAUUUACACAGUUAUGCUAGAAUGUACAGAGUUUAAAGCAGUUUAGUUUGUUUGUUGUUAAAAUAAAAUUAAAGCACAACCAUGUUCUCUGGCAACAGACGAAAAAAAAAGAAGAAAAAAGUAACAUCAUGCUAACUUUGGCUUCCCUUUAUCAACAUAAUGUAACUUAAGAAAAUACUCACCAAAAGGGAGACAGUGAACACAAUUUUGUGAUGAGUGACAACAAUAUUGAUUUAUUUUUACAAUAAGUCAUGUGUUUCAUUUAAUGAUUGUUCAGUUAAUUUCAAAUAAGAUCAAUGAAUGGCUAGUAUAGGCUUAUUUGAAAUUUCAGGGUAAAUUGUUAUAUGAUAUUAAUAAAAAAUUUAUAUUCAUUUAUACAACUUACAUUUUUCAGUUUUUAAUUCAAAAUGUAAUGAAUGGCUAGUAUAGGCUUAUUUGAAAUUUCAGGGUAAAUUGUUAUAUGAUAUUAAUAAAAAAUGUAUAUUCAUUUAUAUAACUUACAUUUUUCAGUUUUUAAUUCAAAAUGUAUAGAAUUUAUUUUAGAUAUUUAUUUAAAAUGUUUUUGAUUGAUCAAUUUAUUAUUGAACUGUUUUAUAUUUAUAUUUUUAAAACAAUUUACAAUGUUUACAAAAUAUGUUUUGAUCAACAACGUAAUAGUUUGCUCUGGUCUAUUAGCUUGAAUAAACAAAAUGAACCAAUAAUAUAAUUUUGUUA